AAAUACCAUCAAGACACCUGGAAACACCAGAAGAUGCCGGGUCAAGUCACCUUUGGACGUAAGCGCCCCCUGCCUCCCUGCCCCAAUCCUCUCUUUCUCAAAUGGCUGACUGAGUGGAGGGACGCUGCUGCUGAGAAAGGAUUGAAAACUCAGUUUGUUUACCAGAAGGCAAUAAGCUCGCUAAAGAAGUAUCCCCUGCCCCUCCGAAACGGAAAAGAGGCCAAAAUCCUGCAAAACUUUGGCGACGGCAUCUGUAAGAUGUUGGAUCAAAGACUGGAGAAGCACUAUGCUGAACAUGGACCAGAUGCCUCGAUUCAUUCUCUCCCCGGCUCGAGUUCAACGUCGGCUAGAGGAAGAGAGCAGCAGAGAGCAUCCUCACCCAUUCCCACCACAUCUGGACUAGAAGCACCUCAGACAGAGAGCCAUCAGCAAGGACCAUCUCCCUCUAAAAAGAAGAAAACAGAAGGGAAAAAACAGAGGGAGUAUGUUCCACAGAAAAGGUCCGGAGGGUUUGCAGUGCUGGUAACCCUCUACAAAAAUAGCAAGAGUCCAGGUUCCAAAGGUUAUAUGACUAAAGCAGAACUUCAAAGAGAAGCCCAGCCGCUAUGUGACAAGUCGUUCACGCUGACUGACCCCAGUAGUAAGUACACUGCUUGGUCUUCUGUUAGUAUGUUAAUACAAAAGGAUUUGGUCAUCAAAACCCACAGCCCUGCCAGGUACUCUUUGACAGAGAAAGGGUCUGAGCUGGCACGGAAGCUGGCAGCAGCAGAGCAAGGUCCCGAGUAUUCAGACAAAUCCAAUGUGGUCACUUCACAUGAUGAAGAAGAGCUGGAGAAAGAAAGCAUGGAUCAAGAGAAGGAUGUCCAAAAUAUACGGGUUCUUCCUGUCCAGAGUCAUCAUUAUCAACCGUUGAGCGUUUCCUCCUUGAAGAUCAUGCAGGAGCCUAGUGGAACCCAUGCUUCCAGUUCUUAUCAACACGUGCCAGAUUUCACGCUGCGCCCCGGACAGUUCGACAUUAUUCUUUGUGUUGACUUCAUUGAGACGACAGGGGGCGCAGCGCACCGGAAGCAGGAUCUCGUUUCAGAGCUGAAGAAGAAUGGAGUGAAUUUUGACGUGCGCAAACUGCACAUUGGAGAUUUCGUAUGGAUCGCCCAGGAGAAAGUGCAGCCUUUGCCAGGCCAGCUGCGUAUGCCACAAGCCCGGGAGCUAGUAUUAGACUAUGUCGUAGAACGAAAGAGAAUGGAUGAUCUCUGUGGAAGUAUUAUAGAUGGUCGCUUCAGGGAGCAAAAGUUCCGCCUAAAAAGGUGUGGGUUGUGUCGUCCAAUAUACUUGGUGGAAGACCAUGGGUCAGCCCAGCAUCUGAGUAUUCCUGAGACCACCCUACAGCAAGCAAUAGUGAACACACAGGUGGUAGAUGGGUUCUUUAUCAAGCGCACUAAGGACGUGCGUGAAUCUGCUGCCUACUUGACCUUAAUGACCCGUUAUCUGCAUGGCAUGUACUCGUCUAAAAUUCUGCUGAGCUGCACCAAAGAAGACAAUGAUAAAUUUCAGAGGGAGCUUCCAAGCCGAAAUGCCCAAAGCUGCAUUCUUUUGGACUUCAAGGAAUUUAACGAGGGAGCCAUGAAGAAUAAGGCUCAGACGGUGAAAGAAGUCUUUGCGCGACAACUCAUGCAGAUCAGUGGAGUGAGCGGCGAAAAAGCUGCAGCUGUCCUGGAUAGAUACGGCACGCCAGCCAGCCUUAUGUCGGCAUAUGAACGGUGUAAUUCCAAUGAAGAGAAGGAGAAGAUGCUGUCAAAUGUGAAAUGUGGGAAGCUGCAGAGAAACCUUGGACCAGUUAUGAGCAAGACAAUAUGCCAACUUUACUGCACCAAGGGCUCUUUAUCGUGAUGCCCCAUGGACAUCAGAAUCCAGCAUCCCCAACAGCAUGUCAUCCAUAUCUGGUAUUGAACACCAUGCUGACUCUCUAAUGGGCUCCACUCGUGUAAGUUAAGUCAGAUACUCCUCACCCAUCUAUUUGUACCCUCAACUUAUGUUGAUCUGCUAAAACCACAUUUCUGAAAAA